UUUUGCAUUUCAAACGUUGUGUCGCUGAUCCUUCGUACAUCUUGUAAACAGCAAAAUAUCAAUGCAAUUCUUUCAGUUUGUUUAGUGUUCUUGGAGUGAAAUGUAAUGUUUGUAAAUUUGUGUUCUCGUUUUGGAUCCUGUGUGAUUUUUAUCUCAUGUUUAUGGUAUAAUUCUUUUUGCUAUGGUCGCAUAAAGUGUUCAAAUAAUUUUUCACGAAAUUUUAACGUUAUUUCCCUCGUUCCAAGUACUCGAUUUAUCAAGAAAUCUCUAUCAAGUGAAAAACUAUCAAUUAAAUCGCCGCCAAAUGUAAAACGCCGACUAGAGAGCACUGAAAGCAAUUUCAAUGACCAACAAUUAUGUCCGUCACUGGGAUAGAGUAGAAGAGUACAAUUGCUACGCUGGAAUGAGUUUUGAAUUGAUGUAUUGGUCGCGGAUGAAAUAACCAAUAAUUUCUUUAGUUAGAUAGACAUUAACGUAGCUUAAAGAUUUUUUUCGUUGAUUCAAGUAGAAGUCGACUCGUAAACUCCUUUUUCAAUGCUUCUUCAGCCUCGGAGUUUCAGUUAUUUUAUAAUAUAUAUCCCAUUCGUAGUUUACUGUCGUUAAAACGUUUUUUAAAUUAUGCUUACGGCUGUGAUGUAACUAUUCACGACUAUGUUAAUAUUUUUUGUAUUUAUGUUAUGAGAAAUAUUUUCUAAGAUAAAAGAAAUUGUUUUUCAACAUAAUAUGUAUUUUUGAGUUUUUUCUAUAAUUUGCUAUUUUUCUAACAUCAAUUGAUUAUAAUAUUUAAAAUAUGCUAAUUAAAACUUAAAAUAUAUUUUGUGAUUGAAUCGAGAUAAAUAAUGAGAUUUAUCGUAUUUUUAUAAAUAAAAAAAUAAUGAUUUCAUUUUCAUAGCAAUACUUUUUGGAAAAAAUAACUCGAAAAGAUUUAAGGUGAAUAAGUUUUUUUGCAGUCUUUGCAGUGGUCCUUGCGUUCAUGGUUCGGAAAUGUUUUUAUGCUUUACACUCAGUGAAAGUUCUUGAUGCAACAAGUGAAUAGCUUCAAGUGCAGGCUGAAGGCUAACCAAUUUUUUUGUUUGUAUUAAAGAUAUCCUUCGAAAAUCUUCGCGAAUAUUAUUGAAAAAGUUCAAGUGGAAAAUAACUGCAGUUUUCAAGCUUUCAGAUUAUAUGUAUUGUUUUAACAAAAAUAAUUUGUAUUUUGAUCGUUCCGUAACCUAAAUACCGAGAAAACAUGUAGAAAGAAAACGAAAAGAAAUGAAACAACGUUUGCGAAAUUCGAGUAUCUAGUUGGUAUAUGUGGCAAGUUGAAGGUGAAGAGUUCACUUUCUGGUUUUACUACAAUUUCACAAACAGCCAGUCGGUGAACUGUAAUUUUCACAACAUACUUGUCUACAUAAAGAUUGAGAAAGAUAAAAUUACAUCGUAACUCCAAAACCACAAAAACUUUUGUUUCUUACUAUAAGUAGAAAGAGUUUCACGAAAAAAUGAUAUUUUUGGAUAAAAAAUAUUUUGUAAACUUUCGUGAAAGCGGGAAACUUGAAAUUUCAUUUGUAUCAACUUAUAUUCAUGACGUAUUAUUCGUUUUAAAAAAUAUCACGUUCAUUCCAGAAUUGGCUUACUUAUCUUCCUUUAAAAUUUCAGUUUUGAAAAAGCAAUCCAAUAAACAAAGCAAAAAUGUCAGUGAACCAGGAUGCACUAAUAACAGCCACCGAGCAGUUAUCAUUAAAGGAUAAGCUGAAACACGCACCUAAGUUUUAUAUUGGUAAAAUCGAAUUCAAAUUCGAUCCUGACGAACUUAGUUCUGAAAUGCAAGCGAGGGCUGCCAAAGAAUUACGCGAAACACCUGAAAAUAUCGAAGAAGCGCUUAAAAUUUUGCGCGAACAUAUCAAAGGCGAACCAGACUUAAAAGUACCUACUGACCAAGAACAUCUGCAAAAGUUCCUUCGGCCAUGCAAAUGGUACCCAGACAGUGCCUUCGAGCUGAUGAAACGCUUUUACAAAUAUCGUGCAAAUCAUCCACGCUAUUGCGCCAACUUGCAACCUAGCAAUGAACAUGCAGUUCUAAUGUCUGGAACUCUUACGCCUUUCCCUAAACGUUGUGAUGAUGGUGUCCGCGUUAUCCUCAUUGAAGGUGGACGGAAAUGGAAACCCAAGGAACUUUCACUGGAUCAAAUGUUCCGUGGUGUCAUUCUGUUCCUUGAAGCAGCUAUGGCUGAACCUAUAUCGCAGGUGGCUGGAGUACGAGUUCUCAUUGACAUGGAUGGUUUGACAUUGACACACGUAACUUACUUUACUCCAAGCUUCGCUGCAGCAGUGGUUGACUUUGUACAGAGGUGUUUGCCUUGCCGCCUUAAAGGCGUCCAUAUUAUCAAUCAACCUUUCAUCUUCAAUAUGGUUUUCGCCUUCUUCAAACCUUUCUUACAGGAAAAACUCAGGAAAAGGAUACAUUUCCACGGUACUGAUAGGAAUUCAUUGAAGAAAUUCAUUGAUGCCGCGUGCUUGCCCGAGAGGUAUGGCGGAGAAUUGGAAUUCCCUAAUGAACCCUUGGGCGAGCCUUUCAUCAAGUUCUUGUCAACGUUUGAAGAUGAUUUUAAUGUGUCAACAAAACAUGGCUACAUCAACAAGUCGUAAAGAAGAUCUUUUGAUUUACGUAUUUCCAUCGGUUCAUUGAAGUGUUAAAGUGUAUUUACUUCUACAUAAUGUUUUCAUCUAAAUUGUAAUUGAAAUUGUUGAUCAAAAUGUUAUUAUCGGUGCUCGUGAUUGUAUCUUAUAACAGCGAGAAUUAUUGCCUGUGUAACAUAUGACUUAUUACAUUUUAUACUGUAAACUUCGUAAGUUUCAUUUAGGAAUAAUUGAAUAACAUACUUGCCAACUUAAUAAUUUCCUACUUUACACACGCAUAACCCCUUCACGUUAUGAGAUAUAAUCUCGAAAUAGUAUAAGGAAUUUGUUCAACAAUAAUUGCUAACAGCUCAGCUUACGUGUUUAUAGUCACUCUCGAGCUGUAGAAACUUACUCCAGUUGCGAUAUUACUAUAUUAGUAAUUUUACGGCAAUUUUUACAUAAAUGCUAUUAAAUGAUAUCUAUACAAUCAGAAUGAAUGAAAGAAUUUGAUUGCUUGAACGAAACAUAGAUGUUUGGUAUUUACGAUUAGUCAUUACUUUUUCAUUAAAUAUACGCUGCAUUCAACGUUUACCAUUUGAUUUAACUGUUAUAUUUUAUAAUAUAUGUACUUUUUUGACGGAAAGACACUUUAUGUUAUGAAAAGAGCAUUUAUCUGGAUUCAGUUUUUAAACAAAUUUAUACAUGUAUUUGUCCUAGAAUACAUUUUUUUGUAUUUUUGAAUAACAAAAAAUAAAAAUUCUUUUA